GCCGCAGCCAUCUCCCCCAUCCAUACCACCACUACCACCGACUUUCUGGGCCGGGAGGACGAGCGGAUUCGCCGGAAGCGGAAGUGGCUGGGGGUAUUGGGGGUGUGGUGAGGGCUCAGUCCGGGUUCGCUUCCCGCGUCUGAGGUUCGAGGCUCUGCUGGGCAGGGCAGAGAGAAAGCGCCGUCUCGAGACCUCGCCAGCAAGGCCGUGGCCCCCGGGGUCGUGUCCCUGCGAGUCCCGCCACCCCCCGGAUCCCUUCCCUGCGGCGUGAGGCUCCUGUCCGCCUUCCCCACCCCGCAGACCCCCACGCGCCAUGGGCAACACGAGCAGCGAGCGCGCCGCGCUGGAGCGGCAUGGGGGCCACAAGACACCCCGGAGGGACAGCUCGGGGGGUACCAAGGACGGGGACCACCGGCCCAAGAUCCUGAUGGACAGCCCCGAGGAUGCCGACCUCUUCCACGCCGAGAUCAAGGCGCCAGAGAAGGAAGAAUUCCUGGCCUGGCAGCAUGACCUGGAAGUGAACGACAAAGCACCUGCCCAGGCCCGGCCCACGGUGUUUCGAUGGACAGGUGGCGGAAAGGAAGUAUACUUGUCUGGGUCCUUCAACAACUGGAGCAAACUGCCUCUCACAAGAAGCCACAACAACUUUGUAGCCAUCCUGGACCUGCCAGAAGGAGAGCAUCAGUACAAGUUCUUUGUGGAUGGGCAGUGGACACACGACCCUUCUGAGCCCAUAGUAACCAGCCAGCUUGGCACAGUUAACAACAUCAUCCAAGUGAAGAAAACGGACUUUGAAGUGUUUGAUGCUUUAAUGGUGGAUUCCCAGAAGUGCUCCGAUGUGUCUGGUAUGAACGCAGUUAUUCUAUACACACAUGUGCACGUGGGGGCUCUGCCGUCUAGACGUACCCUCCUUCCUCUCUUUCUUGCUUUCUUGCUGAAACCACCCCAGCAGGUGGAUGCUUAUAGCCAUAGAACGAAUCCUUGGCUCUGCCCGGUCAGGUUGCUGGUAUUUUGCCCCAAGGGAGCCAUGAGUCACGGUGCAGGAAUGGACACGGACGGCAGUUCCUGGGACAGAGCCAGCGCUGGGCUCAGGCUUGGGGCUAGGCUGAAGAGGCCCUGGAGAAACGUGUGGGUUGGGGCCUAGCCAACUCGCGUCCCACCUGUGCCACCGGGAAAAUUUCAACCUUGACAGGUGGCAGGCGGACACCUCCGUGACCUCAGCUGUCCCUUGUGUGUUCCUUUAGCACCAGGGCAGAAAGGGGCUCACAUAGGAAGCAGGCUGUGCACCCCAGCUCUCAGCUGGGGAAAUAUGCUGCCUCCCACAGUCUAAAUCCAAAGUUUCUACCCAGACCCCCUAGGUGGGAAGGAACUGCCAAGACUCCUGGCUAGAGUUCAGGCAGGAGGUGUGCACUCUGAUCUGUAGUGAACUUCCUCUCCCUGGCGCGUGUGGGAGGUGGUGAACCCAAGAGGCUGGCAGCCCAGGCAGAAGUCAAGGGAGAGAGACAGUGUCCAAAUGUCCUCCCCUUCUUAAAGACUGUAACACCAGGCCACACAUCAAAGCUUACAGUCAAAUGUCUUGCUGUGCACGAAGAAAACGGGCCCCUAGCUGCUGGUGGGCUGGGGUGGGCCAGCCAGCAAAGAGCCUUGCCGUCUGCCGCUGGGCCAUCACAGGCGCUCGUCUGGGCAGUCACCUUCUUCAGCUGUCCCACGUGCCGCUUGUGGUUCUGGGUUUUGCUCUGCUUUUCCCAGUUCCCCGCUGUGAUGUGACUGGCUCCUGUGAGGGGAGGAGCUGUCCCCUAGAGAUGAGGUUGGGGGGCUCGGGUGAGCCAGAGUGCACUAGACGCUCUCUGGGUGGUGGCUCUGCCCUCUCCAGCUGGCCAGAAGUCACUAAGUCAGCUGCUUCCAACAGCUACAAUUCUAGAAGCUUCUGAACACAUCUGUAUAUCAAGAUAGGAGCUUGAGCAUGAUGGACUCCAGGAUUCUUUUAGAAAGCAGCUUUUCCAUUUUGGGUUGGUUUUAUUUUUCUGUGGGGAAGGUGCUGUGCCUUACGCAACCUGUUUUCUCCCAGACAAGGAGGCAGCUGUGUCUGCUUCAUUGUGACUGGUGGUGGUUGCAGCUUGAGCUGAGCCCCUGAAUCUUCUCCCGAGGCCUCAGUGCUGUGGCGUUCGCCAGCCCAGCCAGAUGCAAAAUGGAGGCGUUCCCGAGCUGUGGAGGGGGGCGGGUGUCCGAGAGCCACAGCCUCCGGGGGGUGCGCACACCUUCAUGCACGUUACACAAUUCCUGAGGCCUUCCUCAUUUCCUCUGUUGUUUACCCUCAGAAACUGUAUCCUUCUAGAAAGUAGGAACUCUAUAUUGAGACAAGCAAAACUAGGUGACAACACUGUGAGUUACACAAGACUGCCCCCAGGACUCAGCAUUUUCAACAGACGUCCUGUCCCCCAUCUGUCCACAGAGCUGUCCAGCUCCCCACCAGGACCCUACCAUCAGGAGCCCUAUGUC